UGCCGGGGGCGGCGGCGGCGGCGGCGGCGGCGGAGCGGGGAGGCGGCGGCCUGGCUCGGCCUGGCCUGGCCUGUCAGGGCGCGGGCGGCAGCGGCGGCGGCGGCGGCGGCGGCGGCUCCGGCACCAUGUCCCUGCAGUACGGGGCGGAGGAGCCGCCUCUCGCCGGCAGUUACGGCGCGGCGGAUUCGUUCCCCAAGGACUUCGGCUACGGCGUGGAAGAGGAGGAAGAGGAGGCGGCGGCGGCGGGCGCUGGGGUCGGGGCGGGGGCCGGCGGCGGCUGUGGCCCGGGCGGCGCUGACAGCUCCAAGCCCCGGAUUCUGCUCAUGGGGCUCCGGCGCAGCGGCAAGUCGUCCAUCCAGAAGGUGGUGUUUCAUAAAAUGUCACCCAACGAGACCCUAUUUCUGGAAAGCACCAACAAGAUUUAUAAAGAUGACAUUUCCAAUAGCUCCUUUGUGAACUUCCAAAUCUGGGAUUUCCCUGGGCAGAUGGACUUUUUUGACCCAACUUUUGACUAUGAGAUGAUCUUCAGAGGAACUGGAGCAUUGAUAUAUGUUAUUGAUGCACAGGAUGACUACAUGGAAGCUUUAACAAGACUACACAUUACUGUUUCAAAAGCCUACAAAGUUAACCCAGACAUGAAUUUUGAGGUUUUUAUUCACAAAGUUGAUGGUCUAUCUGAUGAUCACAAAAUAGAAACACAGAGAGACAUCCAUCAAAGAGCCAAUGAUGACCUUGCAGAUGCCGGGCUAGAAAAACUCCAUCUUAGCUUUUAUUUGACUAGUAUCUAUGACCAUUCAAUAUUUGAAGCCUUUAGUAAGGUGGUACAGAAACUCAUCCCUCAACUACCAACCUUGGAAAAUUUAUUAAAUAUCUUUAUAUCGAAUUCAGGUAUUGAAAAAGCAUUUCUCUUUGAUGUUGUCAGCAAAAUCUACAUUGCAACAGACAGUUCUCCUGUGGAUAUGCAGUCUUACGAACUUUGCUGUGACAUGAUUGAUGUUGUAAUUGAUGUGUCUUGUAUAUAUGGGUUAAAGGAAGAUGGAAGUGGAAGUGCCUAUGACAAAGAAUCUAUGGCGAUUAUCAAGCUGAAUAAUACAACUGUCCUUUAUUUAAAGGAAGUGACUAAAUUUUUGGCACUGGUCUGCAUACUUAGGGAAGAAAGUUUUGAACGAAAAGGUUUAAUAGACUACAACUUCCACUGUUUCAGGAAAGCUAUUCAUGAGGUUUUUGAGGUGGGCGUGACUUCUCACAGGAGCUGUGGUCAUCAGACCAGUGCCCCCAGCCUGAAAGCAUUGACACACAACGGCACGCCGAGAAAUGCCAUGUAGCAUGAAUUCCAGUGGCUGGGGCUCUGUGCCAGCUCACUCUUCACUCCAGGGUCAGAUAGCACGUGCUACAGGACAUGGGAGUUGCCGCUUGUGGGAGUCUGAUGCCUGUCCCACUAAGAACAAGGGAUCGAAUUUCCUACUUGGAUGAAAACCCCUGUGGUGUGCAACCGAAGCUAUCUCUUCUUUAAAAAAACAAAAACAAAAGCAAAACCCCCGGCAAAAACGAAUUCUAGAGACCUCAGAAUGUGGGUGUUUUUCUCCUCUGAGGGGUCCUACAUGAGGUCAUUGGGAUAUUUUGGACCUGGAGAUUACAACCACCUGCCCAUCCUUACCAGGGAAUGUUGCUAGUCAGUUACCAGUCAAAAAUAAUAGAACUGAAUUUUUAUAUGCUUCCUUUAGGUUUUUAUUUGAGUAGUCUCUAAACAUCCUGCCUUGCUUCAGUUCUAACACUGCCUCUCAGAUUUCUAUUUUGGACAUUGCACACCUGAGACCUGAGGCUUUUGCUUGCCAACUUGGAAGAUAUGUCAUCUGACUGCAAAAAUACGUUCUUGUAUUUGUUGCUGAAGAAAUGAGAAAAUUUUAUGCUGCAUUGAGAGCAGGGCUUAACAGUGGCUACAGCAUUAGUUCCCACAGAGUAUCAAGGAAAAAACUUUAAAACAAGAAAAAAUUUGCACUUGGCUUUUGGGAUACCAGAAAUCUGGGUUCUUUCUCCUGCAUUAGAUAAUAAUCAUGAUCAGUGUAACAAUGGAAUUUGAGAAAAUAUGUUUUCCCCAAUCUCCUCCAUCUUUGGAGAAAUACAGUGUAACAUUUAGUUCACAUUUUUUGAAAACUUGAUAGUGGCUGCUCCAUUCUUUCCUGCUAAGUGCUCUAGACUUUCUCAGAAGUGCUGUUGGGUUGACCAGGGAUGACUCUAGGCACAGGGGCACUGCUCGCUUCCUGGAGGCCGGGGAGAGCACACAGUGCCACAGCAUGUGGGUCAGAUAUCCUCGCCUCCGUAUUCUGACACCAAGUGUCUACUGUGCUACUUCUCUGCCUACUAUAUUAAAUCAUAAUUAUUUCUUUUUUUGUUGAUGGUUGAUACUCUUUUCAUUGAUUUAAACUUACACAUUAUUUUUAUUCCACAUGCCCAGUAGUCAUAUUCCAAAGCCACUGGACCACUUGAGUACAUAUGAGCCACUGUUGAAUGAAAUAUGUAUAUUCAGGUCUGUAACCUAACAGUGUGACUUGGAGUGCUUCCUGCAGAUGAUUCUGACUGUUGAGUAUUUACAUGGACCAUGGUGAUAUCCAAAAGAAAAAUGCUUUUAUAUUUAUAGAUUUCAUUGAACUAUAUAAAGUGGGUAUCAAUAAAUGUAUUUACUCCAAAA